AUGGAAAUAGCAGAGCUCGACUACAAAUCGCAUAAAACCAGAGACAUGUACAAGCAGAUAAAUCACCUUGCAGGAGGGAAUAAAAAGAAAGAGAGGUUCUUAAAAAAUGAUGAUGGGACGCUAAUAACCUCGAGCGUGGAGAUAGCUAAUAGAUGGAGUGAGUACUUUGAUGAGCUAUUAAAUUGUGAUGAACCGGACGAAGUCUUCAGUUUUGACCUAGAACCUUGGAAUGAACAAGAUUGCCCAGAACCAACAUUGGAAGAGAUAAAGCUCCAGGUAAAAUGGCUUAAGAAUCACAAGUCACCUGAUGAGGAUGAAGUUCAAGCUGAACUACUAAAAAAUGGAGGAGAAGAACUGCUGACUAAGCUAUGGAAACUGAUAUGCCAGAUCUGGAAAUCCGAAAAAAUACCAGAGGAAUGGAAAGCAGCUACGAUAUGCCCAAUCCAUAAAAAAGGAAGCAUGCAAGAUUUGUUAGAGAAAGUCAUUAGAGCAAUGAACGUUAGACCCGACGAAAGAGUGAAAUUGCAGGAUUCCUCAAUAGGCCUAUUGGCGUACGCGGACGAUUUAGUAUUAAUGGAAGAAUCACCGAACGCACUGAAAUCACUGUUCGGCCGUCUACAAAGAAUGGCAUCGAAAGUAGGACUACAGACAAACGAAACCAAAACGGAGUACAUGGUCGUUGGCAGACGAGAAACUGCGGGUGUGUACCCAUCUUUGAAUGUAAGGAACUAUGUUUUCAGCAGAGCUAAGCAGUUUAAAUACUUAGGGUCAGUUAUAACUGAAAAGAAUGAGAUAGUCAAGGAAAUUUCAGCAAGGAUACUUGCCGGCAAUAGAGCUUACCAUGGACUAGCAAAACUGCUAGGAUCUAGAUCUUUAUCGAGGGAGCUUAAGAUAUAG